GAGGAAACGUGCAAGUGAAAGCGCUCAUGCGAUCGACACGAGGCCAAAACGGGCCAAUGCGUGGCUUGCGUGGCCACGGUGACUACGCGCGCUUCGAUUUGAAUGUGACGUGGAGUGCGAUUGCAUGUGCGCCUCAAACAUACAAAGCCUCUUGUCCCUUGUCCGAUGUUUGCUCGCCGAACAAUCACCUCCUCUCGCUCAUAUCGACCUUCGUUUUGAGCCAUCUUAAGCAACAUCAAAACACUCUCUACCCACAAGGAUCACUUCAUUGCGCCGAGAAAUCCAAGAGUGAUUAGAAGUCGCCACAAUGCGCUUCACCUCUCUUUCUGCCGCCGCCAGUCUGGCGGCCAUCGCAACAGCGCAGACUUUUACUGACUGCAACCCACUCGAAAAGACUUGCCCCAGCGAACCUGGCUUGCCAUCCGCCUCCUACUCUGCCGACUUCACCCAAGGCGAAGGAGCUGCUGCUUCGUGGACCUCUGCGACUGGUACCAAUCUCCAAUAUGGCGCUGAUGGUGCUAUUUUCACCAUUGCUGGGCAAGGCCAAGCCCCAACCAUUGCAUCUGACUUCAACAUCUUCUUCGGUCGCUUCGAGGUCACCAUGAAAGCGGCUUCCGGAACGGGCAUCGUGUCGAGUAUCGUGAUGGAAUCAGCCGACCUCGACGAAAUCGACUGGGAGUUCGUUGGCGGCCGGAGUGGUGAAGUUCAGUCCAAUUUCUAUGGCAAAGGCAACACUACGACGUACGACAGGGCCGUCUAUCAUCCUGUUGCCGAUGCCCAGAACAUCUGGCACACGUACGGCAUCGAUUGGACGAGUGAGCGAAUCGAGUUCUCCAUUGACGGCACCGUCAUUCGCACCGUACCAUACUCCAGCGCCCAGACCGUCAAUGGUCAGAACUACCCGCAGACCCCGAUGCAAUUGAAACUGGGUAGCUGGGCCGGUGGUGCAAGCCCAGACGAGGGGACUGUUGAAUGGGCUGGAGGCAAGACGGACUUUGCUCAGGGACCAUUCACGAUGCUCGUCAAAUCGGUCAACGUCAUGAACUACAACCCGGCUUGCCAGUACACAUACUCGGACAACACAGGCUCCUGGCAGAGCAUCGAUGUGAUCAAGAGCGGCGACUCGUGCAAUGCUGAGGGCGCUGCUUCAUCUGCCCCUGCCACUCAAUCUGCAGUUGGCACUGCGACAGCCACUGCUCAAACGACAGUGACCUCUGCCCCUACUGUCAGCCAAAGCGUGGCGCCAAUCGAAAACACCAUUCCGACCCUCCGCACCACCGUUACUGGAUCGAGCUACAGCGUUAACACCGCCAGUCUUUCCGUCCUGAACUCUGGAAUUCCGACCGCCGCCACUUCCACGGCACCAUCCAGCCAGCAGACUGGUAGCGCGACCACCACCCGUGCUUCGGCAUCAACAAGUGCAGACACUGAGCAGUCUACCGGUGCUGCUUCCGUCAACACCGUCUCGGCUGGCAUCUCUCUGCUCGGCCUCAUCUUUGCGACUCUGCUUGUUUAAUCCUCAUUAACGAUAGAGUUCGGAACCACGAAGCCACGAUGUACGAUUGGAUGAAGGAACUUUGCAUUAAAAAUGUCACGAUUGGGUAUCAUUGUGGUUGGGAAUAGAUCCCAACAAUAAUAAAAGGCGUGACGAAGAGUAGCUCCAGACUACUUACAUAGAGACAGCUGUACGAUAAAUGAAUACGGUCGCGAGACUGAUUGCACUUAUUCGCCUGUAUACCAC